AUGAAGCCCAUCUUUGCAAGUACGUAUGAGGCUCUCAGCGACGCCAGCCAGUUCGCUGAAGGCACUCCCGACAAUGUUGAGCCAGAGGAGCUCUACAGUACCUACGAUGUCGGCUUUCUCCACGCAAGCGUCGAUCUUGAUCUUGAACAACCAUCGCUCGAGAUCACGACCGCGCCGCCGCCGCUCUCUAAUCGUGACCGUGAACGCGCAUAUCGCGCUUGCAAGAAGCUCGAAGGCCGUCAUAUCUCGAAGGCCGACAAAGAGCUUCUUAAGUAUCUCUCUCGGCAUGAGGAAAAACGCGGCUACUGCUAUACCUACAAUCGCCCCGUAAAGGUACCCGACCACAUCGCUCCCUACGCAGUUCGGAACUACAAGGGAAGCGAAGGCGUGCCUGUGGAUGCUCUUCAAUCUGAGCGCCGCCUGCGCGCACGUCUUCACCGCACGCUAGAGGCCGUGCCCAAGCUUGGCGACUUCCUGCAAGUACAGUGCGAGGUCGCCACCGACUUCAUUGCCGCCACUAUGAAGCGCUUGGACGCCUACGAGCGUGCUCACAAUCGGGAAAGUAUCCAGGCCGCUUGCGAACACGCGCGCACUCGCCGUGUGCUCCUGCACCGCGCGGCGGGGCUAUGGCAAGAGCGGGAGCUCCUCGAGCAUCCGACGGUCAUGUACACCCGGGCGCAGAAGGACAACCUCAUCAUACUGCUGGGCUGCCCAUGA